ACUCUGAUACCUUAAUUAUAUAGUCACCUUGUCUGAAAUCCCCGAGAAUCCCUGAGAAUAAUGUUCCGACCACAAUACAACUUCAAGAUCAUCGUCGUGGGGGACUCUGAUGUGGGCAAGUCCUGCAUCCUGAUGCGCUUCGCGGCAGGACGUUUCAGUGGCCAAAAUAAUUCCACCGUGGGCAUUGACUUCAAGGUACGCAGCGUGGAGCUGGGCGGGACCAGCGUUAAUCUACAAAUCUGGGACACGGCCGGUGAGGAGCGUUUCCGAUCGCUUAUUCCGUCCUAUUACCGGCGAGCCCAUGGCAUCCUGCUGGUCUACGACCUCACAUCGUUGGAGAGCUUGCGCAACUUGGACGAAUGGCUGUCUGAGAUCGGAAGGUACUGUCCGAAGGGCGUCUGCGUGAUGAUGGUCGGGAAUAAGUGCGAUGAUUUGGACAACCGUCGUGUGUCCCAGGCACAGGGUAUUGACUUUGCUGCCAGACGGGGCCUCGGCUUCCGCGAAGUGUCCGCCAAAAGUGGCAUGAACAUCGCAGAUGCCGUCCUAUCCCUGGCUUUGGAUAUCUACAAUACCCGGAUACUGGAGCCCCCCGUUGCUCAAUGUUUGCUCCCACAACCCGGCUGGGAUGCCAGCAUCAAUAUCGAGGAUGAGGAGGCAAAAUACGAUGGACCGGAGCACUGGCGACGAUUGCGGGAAGAUCGUUCGGCGAUACGUCUGACAGGCGGGACUGACCAGAGAAUCCAGAACUUCAAUUCCUGUUGUUAAAAAAAAUUCCAUAUUAUGGCCAAAGGAUACACUAUGUGGAGAACUAUAACCCACAACAUAAGCUGCCAAUUAUGUUUCAUCCUGC